UAAAUCAAAAAUGUUCAAUUACAAGCUCAAAGUUGGACUUUUUGAUAAUCUUUGCACACAAGCAAAAGAAAGACUUCGCCGUUAUGAAAUUCUCUGUGCUUUUAGCAACCUUAUUUGUUGUUAGUCUUGGAGCACCUAUCUUUGAAGAUGAAUAUAGUACUUACAGACUUGCUGAAGAUACCAUUGGUGAGCCAAUAUAUUCUUAUGAUGACAACACAGCCGUUGAAACUAAUGGAGAUGAAUCCAAAUAUUUAGCAGUAAGUGUGUCAGAUCUGAUAAACGAUAAUGGAUGGGGUGACGCAUAUGGUGUGACCAAAAAAACGCAAGAUGAUAAAGCACUCGUCACUGACGAACAGAACAAGUCUGACUAUGUUAAAGACAGGUCAGAAGAUGAGUCCGACGAUGUAGACGACGCGUCAGAAGAUGAGUUUGACGAUGUAGACGACGCGCCAGAAGAUGACUCCGACGAUGUUAAAAACGCGUCAGAAGAUGAGUCCUACGAUGUAGACGUUGUAGAGGACGAUGUAGAAGACGUGUCAGAAGAUGAGUCCGACGAUGUAGAAGACGUGUCAGAAGAUGAGUCCGAUGAUGUUAAAGACGCGUCAGAAGAUGAGUCCGAUGAUGUUAAAGACGCGUCAGAAAAUGAGUCCGAUGAUAUUGUUGACACGCCAGAAGAUAAAUCCGACCAUAUAGAAGAGGCGUCAGAAGAUGAGUCCGACCAUAUAGAGAAGGCGUCAGAAGAUGUGUCGGACGAUUGAGGAUGGGAUCAACAAAGACGUAAGCGAAACAAAAUGUAGUGGGAAGAAAAACCAAGUCAUAAUGAAUAGCUUGCUUGGUAAAUUGGAAAUGUUUUUCUAAAUUAAUGUAAAUAAAUAAUUCAUCAAAA